AUGCUUCAAAUCAGACUAAGCAACAAAGCUGCAACUUCAGAAAGUGGUGGAGGAGCAAAGCUUCCAUCAGGGGAGACAGUGACAGUUGCAUGCCCUGACCACCUUGUUCUUGCUGAGCUUCCGGUGGCCAAGAGCCUCGGUUCUGCUAGCGGUGUUACUCUUGUGAAGACGGUUGGUCGUAGGUCCCGCCGCCACCUCGGUGAACGUGUCCAUUUUUGUGUUCAAUGCGACUUCCCCAUUGCCAUUUAUGGACGCUUGAUUCCUUGUGAGCAUGCAUUCUGUCUGGAUUGUGCUAGGAGUGACUCUAUAUGUUAUCUGUGUGAUGAACGUAUACAGAAGAUUCAAACAAUUAAAAUGAUGGAAGGAAUCUUGAUAUGUGCAGCUCCACAUUGUCUAAAAUCCUUUCUUAAAAAAACCGAUUUUGAGGCUCACGUAUACGCGAUCCAUUCCGAUCUCAUCAACUCAAAUACUCAAAAAGAAGUCAACAACGAGUCCGAACCACUCCGAAAACCAACCACCUCCGACUCAACGGUUCAAGCCCCGACCCCAAGACUGGUCCAAGACGGGCUCCAACCACCACCCAUGGUUCCGGUUCCGGUUCGACCGCUAAUGAACCCUAAACCCAACCCACAACCACCAAUGGACACCAGACCCCAUGGGUUCGAUGGACCACCUUAUGAUUACCCAAUGAAUAUGAAUAUGAGUAUGGGGAUGAGUAUGAGUAUGCCUCCUAAUUUUGUGGUCCCGGUCAAUGUAAUGGGAGGUGGGCCCGCUUCGUUUGGUCAACCGAUGUAUGUGGGCCCCCCGGAAACGGGUCCUUGGAAUGGGGCACCAUUUGAUCCUUCUAUGAUGAUGAAUCAAGGUGGUGGUGGUGGUGGAGUUGGUUUCUUUCAGGGAGGUUUAUUACAAGGGGGGAAUGGUGUUGGUGUUGGUAAUGAUUUGAGGGAUGGAAGGGGGAUAUUGCCGCCACCACCUCCGCCGUUUGUGGGUGGUGGAUACUUUGGUGGUGGUGGUGGUGAUAUGGGGCAACAUGGACAGGGUCAGGGGUACGGGUGGCAACAAGAGAAGCGUGAUGCUUUUAAUGGUGGUCAAGAUUAGUUUAGAAUUUACAAGUAUAUCUUCUUGUUUGCUACUUUUGGUUUAUAUCUUGCUGUUUAAACUUUAAACUGAUUUUUUUAAUCUUUGGCUUAACUGACUCACCGUUUAGUUGUUUUUAGCUUCAAAAUGAACGUUUUUACAAGGAUUUCAUAACAAUUAUGAGUCUAAUGUAAAUUUGAUUUUUUUUCA